UUGCGUACUUCCGGCUUAGAUUUUUUCAUCCAUGCUCCCGAAACGGUGAAUCUUCAAUUAGAAAGGCAGACUGAAGAACAAGACCUAGUAAAACCAUCGCCAUAAUGUUUAAACUGGAAGGACUCGGACCUAAAAUGGACCCAGAGGAGAUGAAGAAGAAAAUGCGACAAGAUGUCAUCUCAUCUUUACGAAACUUUCUUAUUUACGUCGCCCUUCUCAGAGCCACCCCAUAUGUGCUAAAGAAGCUGGACAGCAUAUGAAAGAAGCAGCUGGUCUCUUCUUCCGCCAUCCAUUCAGAGUUCACUGCACUGACAGUAUGGACCAUCAUCAGCAGACAGCAAAUCCUGUUGAAGAUGACCAGUGUCUGUCCAUCACUGCACCUGAGGAAACACCUUGUUCUCAUUCCUUGUUGUUCAUUUUAGACUGCCUUUCUUGUUCAACAUAUUGUGAUCAUUGUUAAAUGCAAAGUUUGAUAGAAUACCUGCCCUGUUCACACAAUAAAGGGAAACUGUGUUUAUUUUGUUGGUUUGUGAUAGAUUGCAGACCUGCACACAUGGAAUGGAAACUGUUAAACUGCAUUAGACAUUUUACAGUAGUGUACCAGAAAUGUUUACUGCCAGACAAACAUUUGUGAACAUUUUCAGUGAGUUUUAAAUCUUAAUGUAAUCAUCAUAUCACUGAAAAUAAAACGGGAAGUGUC